AUGACAGAUAACGGCGAGAGCUCCUCACUGAACCCAUCGCGGUCAGUGCCAAUUUCAGCGUCGUCGUUUCGAUCAUCGUCCCCUGCACCAGAUGGAAGCAUUCGACAAGCCUCGAUGGCUCGGUUGGCUUCGCCCGUUCCCUCUCCAUCUCUAGGAACGUCGUUGUCGUCUCGACAAGGUGUCCCCACUGGCCGACCAAUCACCACAAACUCGAAUUUCACCUCCGAACAUGAUUUCCGGGCUGUCAACGACCUUUCCUCGCUGCCAGGGCCAGGUCAUUCGAUGCUUGCGUCCCAACUGCAGGGAAGUCUUGGUCGCUCGCCCCCGAAGUUCGGAACCCCCUCUCGAGUAGCCGGAUCGCCCGUGGUACAAUCGGCCCUCGAAGCCCGCCCCGCACUUUCGCAAUAUGGAUCUUUUGACACGAAGAAUGGCGCCGACUCUCCAGCUCCCAACGAGGAUCCAGAGGUGGUGAAAAGGCAUCUUGUUAUGCCGCCACAUGUCUCUGAUCACCGCGAAGCGGGGUCUGAGCUUGGAACUAGUAUUGGCGAGGACCAAUUCUCGAGUCUGCAGCUGCAGGGAGGCGAUAUGACUCGUGAGGUCUACCGAUGGGCCGAAGAUGCCGAGUCCGAUAACCGAUUCGCGCGCAGCAAGAGUUUCAGUGUCAGCCGGCCAGCUCCAUCAGCAGAGACCGAGGACAUUCACACGAUUCUUGUGCCAGGAGGGUUCCGACGAGACUAUUUGCGCAGAGCGGCAGGAAGCCCGCACCGUGGAAGCGUACAAGGCUCUAGUUCAGGGGCACCACCUCAACAUCAGCUCCCCACCUCCAACUUUUUAGAAUUCCUGACAUUGUAUGGUCACUUCGCUGGAGAAGAGCUGGAGGAGGAUGAUGAGGUUUUGGGCCCAGAUGAGUACUUCUCUUCUGAUACUUGGGAUGACACGGAAGGCAGAGAGUCUGGAGAAGAUGCGGCCCUCCUUCAGGGCGAUCAUGUAGGCCGCAAGAAGCGGAAGCACAAGGCGCGCGCACCUGCCGGUACCACAACUGUUACUGGCGCCGUCAUGCUGUUACUUAAAUCGUUUGUGGGUACAGGAAUUCUUUUCUUGCCUCGUGCGUUCCUAAAUGGAGGCUUGCUAUUCAGCAGUAUGGUGCUGCUCGGAGUCUCUCUGCUCAGCUACUAUGCCUUUAUCCUGCUGGUCAAUACUCGCAUGAAGAUUGAUGGGUCUUUUGGUGACAUCGGAGGCGUUCUGUACGGAAAGCACAUGAGACGCAUUAUUCUUGGGUCAAUUGUUCUCAGUCAGCUGGGAUUCGUGUCGGCAUACAUUGUAUUUGUGUCGCAAAACUUGCAGGCGUUUAUCGAGGCCGUGAGUAACUGCACGUCCUUUGUUGAUCUCAAGUACUUGGUGCUUUUGCAAUUGGUUAUUUUCUUGCCCCUCUCCCUUAUUCGCGACAUCAGCAAGCUUGGGUUCACUGCGCUCAUUGCAGAUGCGUUCAUUCUGCUAGGCUUGCUGUAUAUUUACUACUAUGAUGCCAGCACUCUUAUCAGCAACGGUGGUAUUGCAGACGUUGUCUCGUUCAACCCCGCAACCUGGUCCAUGUUUAUUGGAACUGCCAUCUUCACCUACGAAGGCAUUGGUCUCAUUAUUCCCAUCCAGGAGUCCAUGAGAGAGCCCCGCCGAUUCCCAGGAGUUCUGGCUGGUGUCAUGGUCUUUAUCACUCUGAUCUUCCUUUCUGCUGGAGCUUUGAGCUAUGCAGCCUACGGGUCGUCAACCAAGACUGUCAUCCUGCUCAACCUGCCUCAGGAUGACAAGUUUGUCAAUGUUGUCCAGCUGCUUUACUCUCUUGCCAUCUUGUUGAGCACCCCACUUCAGCUCUUCCCUGCCAUUCGUAUCAUGGAGAAUGAACUCUUCACCCGCAGUGGCAAGUAUAACCCAUAUAUCAAGUGGAAGAAGAAUGCUUUCCGUUUCUUCUUGGUGAUCCUAUGUGCCGUUGUGGGCUGGCUUGGAGCAGACGAUCUGGACAAGUUCGUUUCGCUGGUCGGAAGCUUUGCUUGUGUUCCCUUGAUCUACGUCUACCCGCCUCUUCUUCACCUGCGUGCCUGCGCCAACACUCGGCGCCAGGUAGUUGCUGAUGUUGGUCUCGCCGUACUAGGUGUCAUUGGGUGUAUCUACACAACGUCACUAACCGUCCAAAACUGGAUUGGUGGCAGUGUUGCUCCAAGCCCGGGCUACUGUGAUUCUAAGUAA